UGGAUACAGUACAAAGUCUGGGCUCACCGAAAGUGGACAAGAUGGCGGCCACCAAUAUAGCCCGUAUUUCAACAAAGAAUUCUGCUUUAUUUUUAUGUGACAUGCAAGAAAAGUUCCGAAAAACAAUAUCUUACUAUCCGCAAAUACUUCAGGUGUCGAGCAGAAUGCUACAAGCUGCACAGAUUCUCGACAUUCCUGUCAUUGUUACAGAGCAGUACCCAAAAGGCCUAGGGCCAACUGUGUCCGAGUUGGAUGUUAGCAAAUGCCCUGUUUUUCCCAAAAUGAAAUUUUCUAUGAUGUUACCUGAAGUUGAAGAGCACCUGAAGCAGUAUCCAAAUGUGAAAAAUAUCCUGUUGUGUGGUAUUGAGGGUCAUGUGUGUGUUCAGUCAACUGCUCUUGAUCUGCAACAGAAAGGCUUCCAAACAAACGUCAUAGUUGAUGCAGUAUCUUCACGCAGCAUGGUUGACAGAAUGUAUGCUCUGCAGCGGAUGAAAGAGGGUGGAGCCCACCUCACCACAAGUGAAAGUGUUAUACUGGGACUGGUAGAGGGUUCCGACCAUCCUGACUUUAGGGCCAUACAGAAGAUCAUCUGGGAUUCUGCACCAGACAGUGGCCUCUUGGGCAAAACAUUUAAUGGAGAAACUCCAGUUUAGGGACCUUUUUUUUUUUUUUUAAAUGUUCUUUCAGAAUUAUAUGCACAUUCUACCAUGUUCUUAUCAUAGAUAAAAUAUUGCCAUGCAGACAGUUUUAAUAUACAGUUUAUGUUUUUUUUAUUUGUGAUUCCAGUAUUAAAUGAUACAACUGUCA